CUUAGGUACCUCUGCUUUGCAAAGCAACAACGCCCUCUCCCGACCUUCUCCACCAACAGAUAGCGACGCCUUCGUUCCAGGUUCAGAUCACUUCCGAAGCUGUGACCUCGCCUCAGGAAGCUCCUCCAACAACGUGUCUCUUGCCUCUCGAGCCUCAAAACGCACUUCUUUCCGCACAAAAGUACAAACGACCCGACCCAGACACGAGUUGCCCUUUGCAGUAUCAUCUUGUAUCAUCUUGAACUUGGGCACUCCCAUCCCCACCGUCUACCAAGCAACGAUCUUACGCCGACGGGUGCUUCGCCUUGUCUCCUGAGAUAAGCACCUCCUCCAAACCUCUUUUCCCGUCAAACAAGUGCGCGUAUCAUCUUUGACGGGAAGCUAUACAUAUCGCCCCCCUGCUACAGUAAAGCCUCGGUACCUAGGCUACUUGGCCUAGGGACAUCAUUCUACCCUCCCGACAAUCCCUCAUCAUGACGAGCCCGUACCAGUCUGGCUCCCAGGGCUUCCCUGGAUCGGCCCCCUCUGCUUCGAACUCCGGGUCCGCCUCUCAACGCCGUUUUCCCUACGCCUCAGUGGCCUCGGGGGCAGCUCCCGGCUCGACACCUCCAUACCUCACACAUCCAGGGCGCACCUCCGUCAUCUCCCAACUUCUGAACAGGCCCGAAGACACCGACAUCUACUCUCCCUCGACCCCGUUCCAGAACGCGAGCAGAAAUCAUAAUCCCAGGACCGGCUCGGAGGAGGAUGAGAAGGGCACAAGCUCAUUCCUUGCUGUCAACCCAUCUUGGGCGCGGGAUUUGCAGCUCGCCUCCUUCUCGAAAGCCUUCGACGUCUUCACAAACAGGGCCGUGCUGGAUGGGGACAUGCUUGAUACCACCACGACUGGGUUCUUUAUCCCGUCCUAUCUCCAAGGAUCCACCUUCAUGGAACGUCUGAUAGAUGCCUACAAAGCUAAAAUGCGUACCAAGAGGGAAACACGCGGUGCCCAGGGACGCAGCGGAGGCGGACGCGGUGGCGGUGGCAACCUCUCCAAAAACGCAAGUAGCGCCAGCCUGCAUAACAUGGCGGUGGCACACCGAGGAUUAUCGUAUGACGUUGUCGAAAAGCCGCCGCCGAGCGACCAAGACGAGUUCGUCUCCCCUCUGCCCAGCAAAUUGAACAAGGACGACAAGUACGGGGCCCUCGAGUUGUCGCCGGACGGCAUGGAAGUGAAGUUACUGGGCACCAAGGGCCAGCCCGAGCGGGAUCGCGAGGCAUUCGCCAUCCGCGCCGACAAUUACAUGCCUCCACAAUGUGGUUUGUACUACUUCGAGGUCACCAUACUAGCAGGGAAGAGAGACGACACCCUUAUCGGAAUUGGCUUCUCGGGCAAGUCCGUCGCUCUAUCUCGGCCCCCAGGCUGGGAGCCAGACUCGUACGGCUAUCAUGGAGACGAUGGUAACUGCCAUGCCGCCCAUAACGGGGGCAGGACCUACGGGCCUUCGUUUACAGCUCAGGAUGUCAUUGGCUGUGGCGUCAAUUUCCGCACGGGGUGUGGCUUCUUUACGAAGAAUGGAGUUCUGCUCGGGACUGCCUUCAAGGAUAUCAAGGGAAAAUAUUACCCAACUAUCAGCCUCAAGAAAGUCGGAGAACACGUUCGCGUAAACUUUGGUCAGGAACCAUUCGUCUACGAUAUCGACUCCACGAUGGCUACAGAAAAGGAGACCAUCCUCACGCAGAUUGAAGAUGCAGAUGUCUCCAGCUUGACAUCUCCUGCUAUGAACGAAACCAACUUCAUCCAGGCACUUGUUCUGCAGUUCCUGCAACACGAUGGAUAUGUCGAGACGGCUAGGGCAUUUGCCGAAGAGAUCCACGAGGAGAAAAAGGCUCUCAAUCCUGACCCCAAUGCACCCAUCGAAGACAUCCCCGUCAGAGAUGAUGAGCAUGCCUCAAAGCGACAGCGUGCGUGCCUACCUACCUACGGCUCGAUCGAGCCCACUUUUGAAGCAUCGUUUGCUGACUGCCUCGCAGAAAUACGCAAGGCUGUAUUAGAAGGCGAUAUUGACAGGGCCCUCAAGCAGACUAACGCCUUCUAUCCCGGCGUUCUGAAGGACAACGAGCAGGUUUAUUUCCGGCUACGCUGCCGGAAAUUUGUCGAAAUGGUCCGAACGGCCGCUGAGAUCAGGUCCGCAAUGGAGACAAAAAAAUACAAUGGCAUUGGGAAACACAAUGGACAUGUCGACCACGGACUCGGUGGCCAGGAAAUGGACGUCGAUAUGAAUGGCACCGAGAAUGGGGGCUUCGACAGAAUGGAGACGGAAGCUUCUGUUGCGGACACGCGUCGGGCACUCGAAGACCUGGAGCUAGCAACGUUACAGUACGGCCAGGCAUUGCGAGCCGAGUUCGCGACUGACCCACGACGAGAGGUUGCUAAAGCACUGGGCGAUAUUUAUGCCCUCCUUGCCUACGAAAACCCCCUGCAGGAGAGGGAGCUCGCUCAUCUGCUGGAUAAGAAAGGCCGGGCGGCCGUGGCGGAGGAACUCAACUCGGCUAUACUCCUUUCCUUGGGCCAGUCCUCGCGAGCCGCGAUCGAGGAGUUGUACGCCCAGACCAGCUUGCUUCUGGAGGAUCUCCGAGAGGGCGGCGGCGCCGGAUCCUUUAUAUCGGUGCGAGAAGUGACCGAUGCGAUCCCGCCGACGCAGAACUUAUAACGGGCGCCUCUCGGCCAUGCCUACCCAUGCAUUCGCCCUUCUUUUUCAGUAUGUAUUCGCCGACUUAUACUGAAUGCAAUUGCUAUUGCAUUCGCUCUGGUGGUGGGGCGCGUCGGCAGCUCGACUGCGCUCAGCUGGCGUGUUGAUAGGGCGUACGGGAGGCAUACCUUGGGGAGUUCCUAGUCGGUGUGGGUAGGUAGUAUGGUGCGACACAUGGGCAUUCAUUAAGUUCUGGUCAUUUUGAGAAAGAAGCCUUUAUCGAGCAUUGGAUUGGGGGCCGCAGUUCUUCUCGUUUCUUCCUUCAUUGGUUUGGGUCGACAUGACGACUUGGCGACAGACAGGGUUGGUAAUGAAUGGACUGGACUGCAAGGACGAGUAUGGUCUUGCUUGCGUGGAAGUCGGGGCAUCAAUGCGUUGACCGGAUGCUCCGCUACUUGAGGUUUGGCGGGCGGUUGUACCGUCACAUAGGGAAUAGGUUGAUAGAGG